AUGAAUGCCAUGUCUCUCUUGGCUGUCACUAGGUUGUUAGCUUCCAGGGAAACUGCUAGCCCAGUAACAGUUGUCUCUAUAUGCAAGAGAAAAUGCAAGUCUGCAGGCAAAUUGUACUUCUUUUCUGAUGGCAUUCUCUUUUCUGAUCCCCACCAUGGCAGCAUUUCCAUUUCAAAAAAACAUAUGAGUUCCAUUUCUCUCUAUGAUGGGGAUUCAACCAGUAUUGUUGCUGCUCUCUUUAUAGACAUCAAAAGUUCUUUGCUUGCUCAUCUACCAAUCGAAUUCCAUACCCGAGACAACUUUUUGAUGAUUGCACUUUUCCCUAAAACAAAGAUUUAUAAGGCUUUUUAUUCACAGGUUUUCUCUUUGUGGAAAAACCAGGCAAACUCAGGAUUAUCUUUAAAGGUUGUCCAGGAAGAAUUCCUGUCUGUGGAACAAAAGAGACUGCAUGCCAAUGUUCAGAAGCUGUUUAAUGCGUUGUCUUUUCCUUCUGGGGAAAGAUGCAGGGAGCUGAAAAUAUCUGCUGCCCUUCCAGAAUUAGAGAGGUUUGUGCAACAUUUUACGGUCAGCAGCGUCAGUCACGAGCCAGUGAUGAGGGCACAUCUUCCUAUUUUAUUGCAACAGUCAGAAAUCGUUCCUGAUAGCGAAGCAGAAAGUGAUAAGGUGGUCAUCACCAUUAUAACUGGUCUUCCAGGAUGUCGCUGCAGUGAUCUGUGUGCUUUUCUUGUAACUUUUAACAAGGAACAUGGAAGGUGGAUAGUUUAUCGGCAGACUAUGGAUAGUCCGGAAUGUUUCAGUGCAGCCCAUUUCCAGCGUUACCUCUCCAGUGUCCUGGAGGCUCAGCAAAACCACAGCGUCCGUCUGUCCACUUAUGCUAAAAAGAACAAGCGUCUCUUAGUGGUCUUGCAAGGAUAUACUGAUGUUAUUGAUGUUGUACAGGCUCUGCAAACUCAUCCUGACCCAGAUGUGAAGUCUUCUUUCAUCAUUGGAGCAGUUAAUACUUGUGUAGAGCCGCUGAGUUGCUAUAUGGAACAUAGGCUUCUUUUUCCCAAGUUCUUGGACCAGUGUUCACAAGGACUAGUGAGUAAUGUGGUUUUCACAAGUCAUGCUAAAGAGCAGAAGCAUCCACUCCUUGUGCAACUGCAGAGCCUUAUCCGAGCGGCAAAUCCUGCUGUUUCGUUCAUCUUGGCAGAAAAUGGAGUUGUAACUAGGAAUGAGGAUAUUGAAUUAAUUCUCUCGGAAGGCAGUUUUUCAAAUCCUCAGAUGUUGAGAGCUCGAUAUUUAAUGUAUCCUGGCUGGUAUGAAGGCAAAUAUGGAGCUGGGUCUGUCUUCCCUCCAAUGGUUCAGAUCUGUGUAUGGUUUAAUCGUCCUCUAGAAAAAACACGAUUUGUGACCAAAUGUAAAGCGAUUAAGUCAUUGCUCAAGCCAAGUCCUUUUUCCGGAAACAUUUAUCACAUCAUGGGCAAAGUUAAAUUUUCAGAUUCUGAUAAAGUGAUUGAAGUUUGUCACAACACAUCGUCUAAUUCACUAAGUCUUGUGCCUGUUCAGGAGGGGCCAACUCCUCCUGAUUCAAGAAGCGAUAACCGAGAUUGCAGCAGUCAACAGGAGUGCUUCCUUGUGUUCAUUGGCUGCUCCCUUAAGGAAGAGGAUAUAAAAGACUGGCUCAGAGAGACUGCAAAACAGAAACCUCAGAGGAAAGCCCUGAAAACCAGAGGAAUGCUAACCCUUCAGGAAAUAAAGAACAUUCACGUGAAACGCCACUUGGAUCCACUUCCAGCUGGUUAUUUUUACAACGGGACUCAAUUUGUGAAUUUUUUUGGUGACAAAAUGGAUUACCAUCCAUUAAUGGACCAAUUCAUGAACGAUUACUUGGAAGAAGCCAACAGGGAAAUAGAGAAGUACAACAGAGAACUAGAAGAACAAGAGUAUCAUGAUCUCUUUGAGCAGAAGACAUAAGCACGUGUGUUCUGUGCAUUUCUGAACCGCCUGCUGUCAGUAACCAAAAAUGCUGUUGUCCUUGCUGGUUAACUAGAAAAUUAAGCGAAAUGUCAGUUUUCAGCACUCCUUUUAAAGCUAAGAGAUCAUUCCUGUAAGGUUGGCAUUUUAAUAUGGUAACUGCUUAGCUGUGUGUACUGUCAGGUUUGCUUCCACUUCACCUUAAUUCCAGACUGUACAAAGCAUCACCUGGAAUCUCUGGCUAGUAGUGGAAA